AUGGAAGGUGUUCUGAAGAAACCACUGACUCGCAAGCAGAUCUCGGAAGGUACCGCGGCGGUCGACUUGGACUGGAAUUCUGCAGAUGGUAUUCCUGCGUAUUUGCUCAUUUGGACCCCUACCCAGCGCCAUGCGGCCUUUGGACAGCAGCUUGGAAUUGCUACGCCCGUUGCCUGUACUAGAUGUAGAAAGUCUCAGUUCUAA